CAGGAGGAAGUGAAGCUCGGCCACUUCCCCGUGAAAGGGAAAGGGGCGAGGAGGACGGCCCGCUCCGCGAGCUCGCUGCCCUUUGCGGCUCGUCCGUCCAGGCGGCGGAAGGAAGGAAGGAAGGCGGCACAAUGAACGUGGUGUUUGCGGUGAAGCAGUACAUCUCCAGGAUGAUUGGCGACAGCGGGGCUGGCAUGAAGAUCCUGCUGAUGGAUAAAGAGACGACGAGCGUGGUGAGCAUGGUGUACACCCAAUCGGAGAUUCUGCAAAAGGAAGUCUACCUCUUUGAGCGCAUCGAUUCGGCCCACCGGGAGAGCAUGAAGCACCUGAAAGCCAUCUGCUUCCUCCGGCCCACAAAGGAAAACAUCGAGUACCUCAUCCAAGAGUUGCGGAGACCCAAGUACAGCUCGUAUUUUAUCUAUUUCAGCAAUGUGAUCAGCAAGAGUGAUGUCAAGUCUUUAGCAGAAGCUGAUGAGCAGGAAGUGGUAGCUGAAGUGCAGGAAUUCUAUGGAGAUUACAUUGCUGUGAAUCCACAUGUAUUUUCUCUCAACAUCCCUGUCUGCUGCCAGGGCUGCAGCUGGAACCAAGCCGCAUUGUCCAGGACCACACAGGGGCUCACCGCCUUGCUCCUGUCCCUGAAAAAGUGCCCCAUAAUUCGUUACCAGCUCUCUUCGGACUUGGCUAAGAGGCUCGCUGAAGGCGUCAAGCAAGUGAUUGCGAAAGAGUACGAACUCUUCGACUUCCGUCGCACUGAAGUCCCUCCACUGCUGCUGCUCCUGGACCGCUCGGAUGAUGCCAUCACUCCGCUUCUGAACCAGUGGACAUACCAAGCCAUGGUUCACGAGCUGCUGGGCAUUAACAACAAUCGCAUUGACCUCUCGCGGGUCCCGGGCAUAAGUAAGGAUCUCCGGGAGGUGGUCUUGUCUGCUGAGAACGAUGAGUUUUAUGCCAAUAACAUGUACCUGAACUUUGCAGAAAUUGGCAGCAAUAUCAAGAACCUGAUGGAGGACUUCCAAAAGAAAAAACCCAAAGAGCAGCAGAAACUAGAAUCGAUUGCAGACAUGAAGGCCUUUGUGGAGAACUAUCCCCAGUUCAGGAAGAUGUCUGGCACCGUCUCCAAGCAUGUGACGGUCGUGGGGGAACUCUCAAGGCUGGUGAGCGAGAGGAACUUGUUGGAGGUGUCUGAGGCAGAGCAGGAACUGGCCUGUCAGAACGACCACUCCGGGGCUCUGCAGAGUGUUCGACGGCUCCUGCAGAACCCCAGGGUGACUGAGCUGGAUGCCGCCCGGCUGGUGAUGCUCUACGCCCUCCGUUACGAGCAGCGCAGUGGCAGCAGCCUUCAGGGGCUCGUGGUGGAUCUCAAGAACCGGGGCGUCUCCGAGAAGCUUCGCAGGCUGGUGCCUGCCAUUGCGGAAUACGGAGGGAAGCGGGUCCAGUCGAGCGAUCUCUGCGGCCCAAAGGAUGCGGUAGCCAUCACCAAACAGUUCCUCAAGGGGCUGAAGGGGGUUGAGAACGUGUACACGCAGCACCAGCCUUUAUUGCACAAGACCCUGGACCAGCUCAUCAAGGGCAAACUGAGAGACCACCAGUACCCGUAUCUGGGCCCCAGCAGCCUGCGCGACAGACCACAAGAUAUCAUCGUGUUCAUCAUCGGCGGGGCAACCUAUGAGGAGGCGCUGGCUGUUUACAGCCUGAAUCGCGCCACCCCCGGUGUCCGGAUCGUGCUGGGCGGAACGACUGUGCACAGCACCAGAAGCUUCCUGGAAGAGGUGUCCGGCGCUGGCUUCCGUGGACGGGGCACAGAGAGCUCGCAGGGGAUGGCCCAGGCUGCAGCCAGGCGACUGAACUGAAGCUGCGUGGCCAUUUGUUCUCUCCUAGCUGUCUCAGACUGAAACUAGUCCGACGCGUAUUCUGGUUUGGUGCUCGCCAGACUCCGUGCUUGGCAGUUGAUCUUCUGAAUAAGCUCUUUGGAAGACCAGCUUGAGGCCUCCCGUCACAUAUUAUAACCAGACAGCACCGGUUGAUUGAGGAUGUGGUGCUUCUCCCCCUCCCUCCCCCUCCCUCCCUCUGCUUUUCAGGUAACAGUUUUUAGCCAGGUCAAACAGGAGCAAAGAUGAGCCUUCAGUCCUGCGGUGAUUCCUGGCUGCCUCCUUAGAUGACUGUGCCGUCUGUUGGUCCGUAUCUUCCUCCUUGUCCUCUCCCUUGCACGAGUUAGUCAGUUCUCUGCUUGUGGUCCGUCUCCAGCGCUGAGAGCCACAAAGUCCCUUGGUCCUCUGUGCGAGCUGCAAUAAAAAGACGCUGCGUGGCAAAGAUA